UAAUUUUGACAGACGGAUGAACCCGGAAGAGUAAAGUAGUGUUUACAGUGGCAUGCUGCUUGUAUUUGUAAUGGUGCUCAUUAAAGUGCUCAUAAAAACUCAUUUUUUGCGGCGAUGAUGAAGCACUUGUACUGCACUGCAGGCGCGGGGAUGGAGGAGCUGCUGGCCGAGGAGGUACAACACAAACUCUGCGCUACUCAAGUGGAGCAGAUUUCAGGUAGAGUGUUCUUCUGCAGCAAUGCUGAUCUGCACACUGUGACACAACUCAAGUCUGCAGAGAGGCUCUUUCUACUUCUGCGCAAAGCUGAACCCAUUUCACUUCCCAACAACCCAGCAAAGGCUGCUGCUGUUAUAAAGCAGAGAGUGGUGGGAGAUCCAGACAUUUGGAAGCAGACCCUCUUAACAUGGACAGCCCUACAGGAAGAGCUUCAGGGCAGCCAGCAGCGUGGACACAAGAGAAGGAGAGAGGAGGAUGAGGAGGAGAGUUUGACUGUAGCAGAUGAAUCCACACGCACUCUUACCUCCAGCACACACUUAUUAAAAAGACAAAAUGAAACGAAUAAGGAAUCACGUGAGCAAACGCCAUCCUUCAGAGUGAGCUGCCGCUGUAGUGGAGUCAUUGCCCGCUCUUAUACCUCUCAGAGACUGGGUCGUAUCAUUGGGAUGGCCAUCAAAGAACAUCUUGGGUGGAAGGUGGACCUGAAAGAGCCUGUUCUUGAAGUAAAUGUGUAUUUAAGCAACGACCAUUGCGUUGUAGGCAUCCCUCUUUUGAAGCAUCCUUUGGCCAGUCGUUCUUAUAUGAAACACAACGGGUUGCGUUCUACAAUAGCCUGGGCCAUGACCUCUCUUUGCCCUAAACAGCUGAAUGAUUGUGUGAUUUUAGACCCAAUGUGUGGAGUAGGAGCAGUGUUGUUGGAAGCAGCUCAGGAGUAUUCAAAUGCUGUAUUUCUAGGCAUGGAUACAGACACGUCGCAGCUGCAGAAAGCCGCAGAGAACUUGAAAGCAUCUGGAAUGGAAGGAAGAGUGCAGCUAAUUCGUUCUUCUGCCAUGGAGAUCCCUCUUGCAGAUGGAGCAGUUGAUGCUGUGCUCUGUGAUAUUCCAUUUGGCAGGAAGUUCAGCUGCAGCUCUGACAUGCCAACUGCCCUGCCACGCUUACUGAGAGAGAUGGAGAGGGUAAUUCGUGUUGGUGGACAUCUUGUUCUGUUACUGAGUUUGCAGCUUUCUGCACAGCUUAAGAAGACAAUUUGCACUCACAAAAACAACCAAUACUUAAACUCCUCAGACACAAACAAUGUUCACACUGACCCCUCAAACACACACAAUGAAAGCACUGACACACCAAAAACAUUAUUAAUUAGCUCAUUACAAGCACAGAGGACACACAGGGUUAGUCUGGGCAGCACAGACGCAUUUAUACACAUCUACACCAAAAUACAAACUCAAGCACACUCGCACUGAAGUAAGUUUACCCUGAAAUGCUUGUGGACAAUCAGAAUUGACAACAAAUGACUAAGAUGCUAAUAAAAUCUAUUUAACACUCUA